UGUUCAGAAAAGUGUGAAUCAAUUGAACACUUCUUCAACUAUAGCCUCAAGUGAUGGAUGACAUAGAGAUGAUGGACAUCGAGGACAGUGCCUCUCAAUCCACUCAAUAUCACCACCAAUUGCCUCAUUGUCCCAACACUGGUGUCAAGCGCUCUUUGAAUGUCAUGAAUGGCAGUGCAAAGCGUUUGUCGCCAACACUUCCAGCACUUCCACAAGAGUUGCGAAACGUAUUGAAAGCCCGAAGACGUGUUGCGCCACUAAAAGAGUGUCCAUUGGAUGGCAACGAUAGUCUCAACAACAGAUUGGUGUGUGUUUUGGACACAAAUAUAUUGGUCUCACAUCUGAAUCCUCUGAAGCAAUGGAUUGUCUGCGAAGAGAAGCGCAGACAAGAGUCUUAUGUGAAGUCAGUAGUGAUUCCAUGGGUUGUGGUGCAAGAGUUGGAUCACCUGAAGACUGGUCGCAAACAUAAGGGUGUAGUGAAUGUGAUUCACUUCAUCAAUGAACAGUUCAACAAAACCAAUGGUUUAGUUUGCGGACAAAACACUCAAAACAAAUGCAAAACUCAUUCAAAAUCACGUGAAGUGAAGAGAAUUGAAGAGGAGGUAAAUGACGACAAAAUACUCAACUGUUGUCUGGAUUUAAGCGCUUUUGAAGACAAUGUCGUAUUAGUGACCAAUGAUAUGAACUUAUGUAACAAAGCACUCAUGAGUGGUGUGAAUGCCAUCAAUUGGAACCAAUUGUGUCAUAAAUACUCUAUAAAUAAUGACAAGAGAAUAGGUGUUGAAAUGGAUGUCAACUCUUCACUGAAAGACCAAACCAUUCAAUCCAUUGAUGACAACAACUCUGAGUCCAAACACAAACGCUCUAAAAGUGACGCCAAUUAUAGAUUAUCAAUGACUCAAUUUGUGGAUAAAAGUAGUGCAAAAUCUUUAAGCGCUGGAACAACUGGAACCACUGAAACUAAGAGUCCUGUGAAACAGAAAUCACUGCGAAGUGGUGCGAGAAGUUCAUUGACACCCAAAAGCACGCCUACGAACUCGAGUUACCGUCCAAAUAGCUGUGCUCUUGAAAGAGACGACUGUCCCCUGAAAUAUGACGAUUGGAUCAGAUAUCGCGAUGAAUGCCAAAUACAAUUACUUGCAUUUGUUGAACGCAUCUAUAAAGACAUUUGGGAUAAGGAUUGGCAGCAAAUGUUGGACAUUGAUGUGAACAACGCGUCACUCAAAGACAUUAUACGACUCAUACGCAAAGAAUGGUUCGCUAACUUUAGCGACCGAUUCAAUCGCGACCCGUCUGUCAAAGAACUCAUCGACCGAUUGCAUACGAAUGCCUCCAAAUCUGAUGCCAAUUAUCACAUAUUUUACUCGCAUUUGAAAAAGUUUUGUCUUUUAUGUCAACAAAAUUUGAAACAAUUUUCAACUAAAAAUGGAUAA